AUGGCCAGCACUGAGGCCCCACUGCAGCCAGCCCCACCAUGGCCCCAGCCCAGCCCUGACGCCGCCACCACGGGCCCGCCAGGAGCUCAGCAUGGCUUCUCCGAGGGCGACCUGGAAUGCCUGGUGUGCCGGGAGCCCUACAGUGGUGCCCGGCCACCCAAGCUGCUGGGCUGCCAGCACUCCUUCUGUGCCGUCUGCCUGAAGCUCCUGCUAUGCGUGCAGAACGACACCUGGUCCAUCACCUGUCCGCUAUGCCGCAAGACCACCGCUGUCCCCGGAGGCCUCAUCUGCAGCCUGCGUGACCAGGAGGCCAUGGUGGGGUGGCUGGCCUGGUCACACCCAGAGGUGCAACUCUGUCCCCAGGGGCUGGUGGAUUCUGCCACCCUAGCAGCAGGACACCCCAGCUUGGCAGGAGAGGAUGGGCAGGACCUAGUGAGUGCUAACCGCAUGGCGGCCCGGCGCCUGGCAGCUCACCUGCUCCUGCUGGUCUUGCUCAUCAUGCUCAUCUUGCCCUUCAUCUACCCCGGUGCCACCCAGUGGGUACUCACCCUCAUCAUCGCCCUGGCCCUGCUGAUGUCCAGCCUCUUCUGCUGUCACUCCUGCAGUCAGGGCAGCUGCUGGCCUGCCCCCAGGACUGUCCUCCACAGAGAGCAGAAACCCAGCGAGGUCUCUUCCAUUGCCUGAGACCCUCAGACCGGACAGAGCCUACCGCGCCUCCUGCCUCUUGCACCCCAUUCCUCUCACAGUGAACCGGAUAAAGGGCUGUGAACUAAG